AUGGUAGAAAGAGUCACCGAAGCUCGGAAUGGCAGCGUGAUGCUCGAAGCGGAUGCAGAGCAUCAGCUGAAACAUCUCCGACCUCAGGUUUUGAAGCACCAUAUGUCGUCUCCUGAUGCUGAAGUGAAACGAAUGAGGCUUGCAUCCCAAGAGCAGUUCCACCUGCCCAUCCAGCAUGCUGCAAAUUGCCGCCAACACGUGGGGUCUUGUUCUCGUCCUGGGUGCGAACACGCAAGGAGAGUAUUGGCACAUGCUGGAACAUGCCAGUUAAGGGAGAAUUGCCCAACUCCUGGUUGUUUGAUUGCCAAAGAUUGCCUGAGAAUGAUGUGUAUUCAUUGUAGAGUUGUGCAUUCGUCAGAUCCAAUUAACUUGACACUGCACUUUGACUCAGAUUCCUCUUUUGUCAUCAGACUUAUUCCUAAACCAUGUCAAAAUUUGGAACUUUCGCAAGUAACCACGGCUAAAGCAUUUGAGUCGAAAAGGUUUUAUAGCUUAAAAGUUUGCAAUCUUCACGAUUACUAUACAGAAUUGGAAUCAGUUUUGUUUCAUAAUUCGAGAACCCCAUCUGAUUACUACGAUUCUCUUGGGGUGAUAGAUAAAGUGCUCCAAAGAAGAGCGAGCGUUUCAAAUAAUGACCCUUCGAGAUGUCCAUGGAAGAAGUGGACACGCGCAGAACUCCUAAAUAGUUUUCUUGGUCUUCUUGAAUACCUAUUCUAUGAUGAGCGUGCCUCGUGGUUUCGUUUUCCAGUAGAUAUUAUCGCUCUCAAUAUACCAGAUUACCCGGAUAUUGUCAAAAAUCCAAUGGAUCUGUCAACUAUAAGGCAUAAAUUAGAGUGCAUGGAGUACAAAGAUCCUUGGGAAGUGGUGGAGGAUUUCAAUUUAAUAUUCAAUAAUGCCAAAUUAUACAAUUCGAAAGCUUCCAUUGUUCACUCCUGUGCUGUCAAGAUUUGUGAGUUAUUCAAUAAUUCGAUUGACCAUGUAAUGCAAGAGAUGGGAUUUUGUUGCGGUCAAAAAUAUUUCUUUUACACAUCGAUGAACUGCUCGUCUCGUGGUUGUACCAUAAAUUUUAAUGACGUCUACUACUAUUAUAAAAAUGAAAAGACGGAAUUUGAGUGUGUGCACUGCAGUAGUUGCCAUGGUAAAAUGAAGGCAGAAUUUCGAUUGACGGACACAAUUUCGAAUGAAUCUUUGAAAUUGAAAAAAAGUGAUUUUAAGAAAUAUACAAAUACGGAUAUAGACGACGAGAGGUUCAUUCAGUGCCAACGUUGUGGUCGCCGUUUCCAUCAAAUCUGUGCUCUUCAUUUGGACGAAAUUUGGACUGACGGCUACUUCUGUCCAGGGUGUCUUCAGAGACUAGGAAUAUCACGACAGAUUAACCCCUUCACUGCCAAGAAUUUGCCAACUAAUAAGUUGAGUAACUUUCUUGAAAGAAAGGUGAAUGAUUUUCUGACUUCCGAAGGUGCCAGUGAGUGCCCAGUCAUCAUUCGAGUAGCCUCAAGUUCCUACAGCUUCGUCAAAAUAUUGCCACAUUUUAAAGACUACUUAAGAAUAAACGGGAGAGCAGCUGAUGAUUGCAUGCAUUGCAUUAAGGGAAUUUUUGCAUUUCAAAAAAUCCAUGGAAAAGAGGUUUGCUUAUUCGGCUUUUUCGUUCAAGAACACGGGAUCGAAUCCUUGGAGCAGAAUAGGGGAGCGGUGUACCUGGCCUACGUGGACUCCGUUCAGUACUUUCAGCCAAGGAGGUACAGAACCAGCACAUAUCAUAUUAUUUUGAGUUCCUAUUUAGAAUAUGUUAAGGAGAGGGGAUUUUUAAAGGCAUAUUUGUUUGCCUGUCCACCGGUGAACAAUUCCAAUUAUCUCUUUAACAAACGUCCAGUACAUCAGCUAAUCCCUAGUCAAAGGCGUCUUCAGCAAUGGUAUGUGCUAAUGCUCCUGAAAGCAAAGCAGGAGAGGAUUAUUGAAGAUUUCACGGAUUUCCAAUCGGCAUUUAAAGGUGGCAAAUUUCGAUAUUUACAUGAAAUUCCUUACUUUGACGGUGAUUAUUGGCCCGGAGUCUUAGAAAAUAUACUUGAGAAAUCCAUGGGGACCAAUAACAAAGGAAUUGACAACAAGGAGGCUUUCGAUAAAGCAAUACAAGAAGGGAUAAGCAAAAGUCUCGAUUGCUUGGACAAAGGCUACUUCGUUAUAACUCUUAAAAGUCAGCCUAAUUUCACUCCACAUAUGGAGACCAAUUUCAUUACGAGCAAAGUCAUGAGUAAUUGGGAUUCAUUUCUCGCUUUCACAACCCAGAAUUCGCUCGAAUUUUCCACGCUGCGUAGAGCGAAGUUUUCAACAAUGCGAAUAACCUACGAACUGCACAUGGAACGCCCUUGGAGUCAUGAGCACUGCAAUAUUUGCCUUGCUGUGGUAGAAUGCAUAAAAACUUGUACUGUAUGCAAAUUCUUCAACUUAUGCCGAGACUGCUACUCUAGAGUAAAUCAUCCUCAUGCGAUGAUUCAAACCAUGACGGGUCUUAAAUCCCCCAGUUGUUCUAACUCUGUAAAGGAGAAUACAGCCAUCCAGGAACUGGCUUCCGGUUCUGAUGCGGAUAUAACUAAAGACGCGGGUAGUUGCAAUGAUGAACGCGAGAGAGAUCGUCCACAUUCUUCAAGAGCCCUACUUUGA